CAAAACCCCCGCGCUCUCUCUCUGUCUCUCUCACAAUCGUCGUCUGUCCGUUUAACCGGCUCCUUCACCGGCGAAAAUUUCCGGCUUCCGGCGGAUCUAGGGUUUUCUGAUCUUCUCCUUUCUCCUUCGUGGGACGCCAGCAUGAGUUCGAAGGAAGGAGGCAAGGGGGGCAGGGGCAAGCCCAAGGCCACCAAGUCCGUCUCGAGGUCGCACAAGGCGGGCCUCCAGUUCCCCGUCGGCAGGAUCGCCCGGUUCCUCAAGGCCGGCAAGUACGCCGAGCGUGUCGGCGCCGGGGCCCCGGUCUACCUCUCUGCCGUCCUCGAGUACCUCGCCGCCGAGGUGCUGGAGCUGGCUGGGAACGCGGCGAGGGACAACAAGAAGAACAGGAUCGUGCCGCGCCACAUCCAGCUGGCGGUGAGGAACGACGAGGAGCUGAGCAAGCUCCUGGGCUCCGUGACCAUCGCCAACGGCGGCGUCCUCCCCAACAUCCACCAGACGCUGCUGCCGAAGAAGACCGGCGGGAAGGGCAAGGGCGACAUCGGGUCCGCUUCUCAGGAGUUCUAGGGGGCCUCCUUCAUCUCCCCGCCUUCCUUCUUUCAAUUUUUUCUUUUUAAUUUUUAUAUUUUUGGGUGGGUUCUUCUUCGAUCUUGGUGUAGGACUUUAGGGUUUGAUCUUUGCAAUAUACGUCUGCAAUUUCUUAUUUCUUUUUUUCCUUACCCUUUUGGGUUGCUAUGUUAAACCAAGAAAAGUAGUAAAAAGGAGCGAUUUUUCAUUUCUCGGUUCAAA